UAGUUGCCUCGGUUUAGUCCUAUGGUUUCAGCAAGAGAAAAAAAUUCUAGUCUGCACUGACUUUAUACUGUGUUUGAGAACUAUGUGGUUCUAUUAACAAUGAUCAGUUUGCAUUUAAGUUUAAUAUUUUCCAGGUGUUUCUCAAGUGAUAGGAGGAGAGUGGUUGUUACCGGCGUGGGCUUGGUUACUUGUCUCGGGGUUGGUACGGAGACAGUGUGGCAUCGUCUGCUAGACUGCAGGAGUGGAUUAACCCACGUCAGGGGCAAGGGCUAUGACCAGAUUCCCUGUAAGGUGGUGGGAUAUGUACCUCACGGGAUUGGAGCUGGGGAGUUCAAUAGAGAGGUGACAGUACCCAGUGCACGAGACAGGGGGGUGUCACAAGCGGCAGCUUAUGCCUUAGCAGCGGCAGAGGAAGCUUUGACUAGUUCCGGAUGGAAACCCCAGAAGGACGCACAACUGGAGAGAACAGGUGUGUGCAUUGGGACAGGCAUGGUAUCGCUAGAAGAUAUUGUUGAUGCUGGAGAACAUGUGCGUGGUGGCCGUUACCGCAAAGUGAGCCCCUGGUUUAUUCCUGAGAUCCUCAUCAACAUAGCUGCAGGCCAUGUCAGUCUAGCCUAUGGCUUCAAGGGCCCCAACCACACAGUGUCAACUGCCUGCACCACAGGCCUUCAUGCUAUUGGUGAUGCCGCCCGUUUUAUUUGCCAUGGUGAUGCAGAUGUCAUGCUUGCUGGUGGCGCCGAGUCAUGCGUUGGACCUCUUGCCAUGGCUGGCUUUGCUCGCAUGAGAGCACUCAGCACCAGUUUUAACGACAGUCCUCAGGAGGCCUCACGGCCAUUUGAUGCCAAACGAGAUGGCUUUGUUAUGUCAGAAGGGGCAGGGCUGCUUGUACUUGAAGAACUUAACCAUUCUUUAGAAAGGGGAGCUAAUAUCAUAGGUGAGAUACUAGGGUAUGGCUUAUCAGGUGAUGCCCACCACCUUACAUCACCAUCCAGUACAGGUGAUGGUGCUUAUCGUUGUAUGAGGGCAGCACUGUGUGACGCAGACCUUGACCCCUGCAAGGUUGGUCAUGUGAAUGCGCAUGCCACCUCAACACCUCUUGGUGAUACAGCAGAGAGCCGGGCCAUCCUCCAGCUACUAGACAGACAUGCUUUUGUGACCUCGACAAAAGGUGCUUUGGGACAUCUUUUGGGUGCAGCAGGCAGUGUGGAGGCCAUCCUGACACUGUUGGCUUGUCAAAGAGGCCAGAUUCCACCCACACUGAAUCUCCUGAAACCAGACACAGGUUGUGAUCUUAACUAUGUCAGAGACACAGUCCAGGACUGGCCAGUGCCUUUGUCAGGCAGGAGAAUAGCCUUGACAAACUCUUUUGGUUUUGGAGGAACAAAUGCCAGCAUAUGUGUAGCACAGUUCACCCAGUGAAGAGAAGUACUUUGUUUGUUAAAAGAAAAUAGAAAUAAAUAUGUGAACAGACUGCUACAACUGUGGAAUGUAUUUACUUAAAUUUGAGCUCACUUACUUUAACUGUCAACUACACAAAAUGUGCAUUAAAAGCCCUUAGUCAACUAUGGAAUAAGACUGCAGUUGAUCUUCACAAGAGGACAAGGUUAGAUGUCGUAAUAACACUCUUGACUUUGUGUAACUUUUGGGAAUCCACACCACAGACGACCUGAUGAGGAUGUGUCUCCACCUCUACAUUUCUCCUCUGAUGGUGGCAGAUGUCAAGUCUUUAUAUCUGUGUGUGUGUGUGUGAAUGACCAUCCAUGUGUAGACAUGUGAAAAAUUUGUGUAUGGGUAUGAAAUGCUUACCUGGUGUAUCAAGGAAGGUGUACACAGUGAAAAGAGAAGGUUUUACAUGCUCUGCUCUUGAUAUGGUGCUUUACUUACCUUCACUAUCACUAUGGCUCUAUGGUACAUUAAUCAUUCAUAUCACUUUAAUAAAGGACAUCCUGCAAGCACAGCCUUAUUUAUCAUCCAUACAUCAUGGUAUUCAUAUAUGCAAAUUUAUAGCCUUAUAAAUAUAUUUAGUCUUCAUUCACCUUUUCAAUAAAUUGUCUUGACUUUGA